CGUUGAGACAGAGGGAGAGAGAGGGGGAGGACGGAGAAUGGCGACCGUGCAGUGCGCUAAAUGCACGGCAGAAAGAAAAGGGUUUCGGCGGGAACUUGAUUCUUGGCGACACAAACUGAUACACUGCGUUGGGUUUGAAACUAUUCUGGAGGGAAUCUAUGGCCCAUUGCUACUGAGAGACCUCAAUUUAUUUGAUGACUGUGAACCCGAAGAGGUAGAUGACUGGUCCCCAGACUCGAGCCGCUCUCAGUGUUCAUUCUGCAGCCUUUCCCUGGACAAACUCAGUGAUCAAGUACCUGCAGCCACGUCGCCCCUCUCCUCCCCCUCUGAUUACUCUGAGAGCAGCCAGUCAGCACAUAGGUUCCUCCAAGCUGUGUUUCACAAGAAAGAUGUGCCCCCGGGCUGUGAUUCCAACAUACCUCUGAUUGCCCAGGAGCUGAUGAAGAAGAUGAUACAUCAGUUUGCUAUGGAGUACGCCUCCAAGUGCCUACUCCCCACCAAUACAAAUGGUGUUACAAGGACCUCCUCACCCUUGUCAGAAACAUCAGAUGCCCCUCUUGACCUCACCGUGAGCCGAACACAGGAGCAGAAAGAGAGUGAACCUGACCCAGACGCUGUGCUAGACCUCUCCAACCGGAAUUCUGCCUGCUCUGCAACUUCAUCAUCUAAUCACAAAGCGUCAGGCUUCCUGCUGCCACCAGUCACAGAGGACCUGGGAGAUGUGGGACAGCGAGGGACUAAGUUUCAUCACAGUUCUGCGUUGGAUGCCGUUCUAAGUUCUCUCUGCCCAGCACACCGAUCCUUAAUUUCCCAGAUCCUGAAGCUGGCGCACCAGGAAAAAUUGCUGUCGUUCCUUAAUUGCAGACCUGUAGGUCAGACUGAAGCUCACUGCUGUCACUGUGGUGUAAACCCACAGGACAAGCUUACCACUCAUUCAGUCACAUUAAGUGAAUGUAAAGCCCACAACCACAGCCUCUACUACCCUUUAACUGAUUGUGAACAUCAAAGUCAUGGCAGCACAGGGUACCAUCCAGGGGACUCAAAGUCCAACUGUAGCAUCCAUCACUUAUCUUUCAAAGACUGUAACAGUGAAGGUCAGCGGGGCUCAAGGUACGACUGUGUGCAGAGGUGCAGGAUGGAAACCCACACGGUUUUAUCUUCCAAGAGGCUGCAUUGCAUUUCCUGCCAAAGCCCUGCUGAUGGUCAGACCAACGACAUAGUGUGCUCAUUUGCAUCCUCUCCUCCGUUAUCCCAGUCCCCUGCACUGUGCACUCCCUCCUCAAGUUUAUGCCCUUCAUCAUCGACAUCUUGUAACCAACACAACCCCCACUCUUGUCCCUGUUAUCUAAACCACGUCUGUCUGACACAAGUCAGGAGUACAAUAGAAAGGGGGGGUGCAGAUAGCGAUCCUCCUUGUCCUGUCCUGAAAAGAGAGCAGAGCCCCUCUCCUCCCCCUCUUUCCCCCAUCCCCUCAGACAUUGGGAAAAAAACUGAUGAAAAACCACCCUCCCUUCUUCACCAUAGACAAGAAGAGGAAGAUGACCUAAUGGUCAAAAAUACUCUUUUAAGUGCUAGCCACCAGGAAACCGAUGUGGAUACAACUACAGAAGAUGAGCUACGGUGUAAGACACCAGGAAGUGGUCAGGCUGAGCGGACCCCAAGUGGGGCUUUACUGCAAGACGUUAUGAAUCGCUUCAGUGAGAAACUGGAGACAAUCAGACCGCUCGACAAGGACCCAACUCUGGUUUCCACGGCCAUCUGUGUUUCUGAGAAGGAGCAGCCGCAAUCACCCUCAACCAGUCAGAACCUGGAGUUUCAUGCUGAUGCCCAUCUGACUGAAAUCAUCACCACAGUGCUUCACACAGGCAGUGCUAGUGACUACAAUCUCAGCGAGCUCUUCAGUCGCCAUGAUAAUGGAGAGCCUAAGUCACCCAAUACCCGCUCCCGUCGUCGCCAGGAAGUCCUUGCUGCUAUAGCAACACCCGCUGAUGAUGCAUCAACCAGAAGACAUACCUUACAAAUCAAACGGGAGCUUGCUAUGCUCGAUCAGUCCUGCAAUAGGAGAAAGGUGCGACUAGCGAAGAAGGCAAAACUGAAAGAUGAAAAUGUUUCUGUAACUACAUCAUGCAUUUCACCAGAACAAAACCUGGUUAAAGAGGUGUCUAAAAGAGAACCUGAAGUAGGUGUGGAACAUGUAGAGAAUCAUAGAGAAAGGGAGGGACCACUGAACAUGCUGUCUGCAGAAAGUAACGGGCAUGAAGUAAAAGAAGAGAUUCAGACAGUUAUAGUAACAGAAGAAAUUCAGAUCAUUAAAGCAGAGGGGAAAGAAAGGGAAAUAUCAAGUGAGAAAAAAGAUUUUACUUACUCAGGUAUUCAAAUACAUACCCCUGAGCUACAGUGCAAGUAUAGCAAACAAGGCUCAAAGUGUGACAGUGUACAAACACAGGUGAUUACAGUGACUGCAACCUCAGCAAAACAGUGUGGUCAGCCCUGUAUAGAAGGUAGUAAGGGUGGCAGUACUGAAAAUGAUGGGAGCCACAAAGAGGCUUUAUUAGGUCAAAGCUGUGACACUGGCAACAAACCAGAUAAAGGUAAAGAUUUCAGUAGAGAAAGACAGAAAUGUCAAUCAAACCACUCCAAAGGGGCAAGAAAAUCUGGGAGAAGUAUUGUCCCUCCACAGCGAUUCUCCUCCUAUGUCACAGAGCCCAGGAAGAUGUUUUUUGUUGCAUGUUUCUCUGAAAGCAUCUUUAGCCAGGGAGCACAAAAGGACAAGGUUUUGACAUCUAGCACCUUGCAUGCCUUAUCCAAAGAUCCAGAUGAAUUCAGAAAUGAAGCCUGUCUGCCCUCUAAGGAACACACAGAGAAGCUUGCCUUUGAAUCAACACAAAAAGAACAACAUGGGCCAUCUUGCACACAGUCAAAAGAUCAAUGCCAGGUGUCUCCACAAAGUGUGGCUGCCAAAGAGAAGAAUCCUGAAAAACACAGCUCAGGCAAUAAGACAGAUGGCAGCGACUUGGCUGCCACACCUUAUGGAAGGCUACGAUCAUCUCCAAGACGACUACAGCUCUCAAAGAUGCAGAAAAACCCAUCAGAUGUGGAUGUCGCCAUCAAACCCGCUACCUGUGCUGAGAGCCCAUCCAACUCCCAAAUCCUGUACACUAGUCCAAUUAAGCUCAUGUUUGUAUCACCAGUUAAGGAUAAGGAUGGAGUGAAGUAUAGUCUCAAAUCAGCAGGCAAUGGCUCUGGUACACAGGCAGAAGAAUCCUUUGACCCCUGUGUCGAGUCUUCUUGGUCAGGGACACCUCAGAAGCACAAAAGCAAGAGCAGUGAGCCUGCAACAUCACAAGUAAAAUCUAUUUUUUCACCACUGAAAUCUGCUACCUCACGCACAAGAUCUGCUUGUUCACCAAUGAAGUCUGCUUCUUUGCCACCCAAGUCUGCGUCUUCAACACCCAAGUCAGCUUCUUCACCAGCUAAGUCUACUUCUUCACCAGCCAAGUCUGCCUCUUCAACGCCCAAGUCAGCUUCUUCACCAGCCAAGUCUUCUUCUUCACCUGCCAAGUCUACUUCUUCACCUGCCAAGUCAGCUUCUUCACCGUCUAAGUCAGCCUCUUCGCCCAGGUCGGCUUCCUCGUCACCUAGAAAUAGUUCCAGACGAUCAGGCGAUGGCACUCCAACUAAGCGUGUAGCUGGAACUGAGGUCCAGGGAUCACCAGGUAACUUGGCAUCUUUCCAUGAAACCACUCCUCCAAAAAGGCGUCCAGGCAGGCCAAAGAAGUUGGGACCACAGCUAGAGCAAAAAGCGAAGAGGCCGAUCGGUCGACCACGUAAGCAGAAGGUUGUGGAUGCAGUAAAGGGGGAAAAAACUGUAAAUGGAAAAUGUCCCUUAGCAUCUGAUGUUGAGGAAAAUGUAAACAAGAACCUCAAAAUAACAGUGAAGUAUGGUCGUUCAAGGAGAAACAAGCGAAUUGUGUCUGAGGGCUUUGAGCAGCUGCAAACAGAAUUCAAUGAUGCUUGGCAAGCUGUGGGUUGUAAAAGUGACUUGGGCAUUUUAUUGCACAACUCUAAGAGCAGCUCAGGUAGUAUCAAAACAGCCUCAGAGGAGUUAGAUUUUGUCAGCCCUGUGAAAGAGCUUGCCCCUCAAUCUGGCAGUAACAUCAAAUGUCAGAAGCAGAGUGAUUCUGUACCCUCGAGGAAACCAGGCAGACCAGCAAAAGUUAAAAUCUCUGGAAUCUCAGUCACAGUUACUACAGUGUCACCUCGGCAACGCAGAAUUCAAAUAAAUAAAGAUACUCGGCAGUCUCCUGGCACACUAAUUCAUAAGAAAGUACUGCGACCAGAACUCAAAUCUGCCAAAGAGCCCUGGACAAUCAGUCAUCAGUUAACAAGCAAAAGGAGUCAAACAGUGGAGAGAGGAGAAACAACAGAUGAAAGCAAAGACGAACUGCCAGAUCAGCCUGUGGCAGUGCGACACUCACUGAGAGUGAGAAAACCCUCUAUCCACUUCUUACAUGCUGUUGCCACCUCUAGAUCUUACAGCCGCAGUAAUGCUCUGCUACGGCGCUCGAAACAACUUCUGCUAAACAAGGCCAGCAAUGAAAGGAGACAGGAGGAGCAGCAGAGUAGUGUGGAAACUUUAGGGGAGAAAAGACCACUUUGUGGACAAGAGAGGAAGAGCGUCUCUCAGGACCUGAGCAAAGUGGCAGGAGUAUCUGUAGAAUCAAUCUUUAGCCCUAAAGAGACACUAAGGUGGUGGGAAGCAUCAACUGAGGAAAAGACAAUGAACCAGGAGCUUGCUCGGCGAAUCCGAGUCAUCUCUGACACCUGGGUCUCAGACACUGUGGAGAACCAAGAAAAAGAACCUGUCUUUACCUCUAAACUAGGUACUAAAGGCAACAGUCCAUUUACCAGGAAGUCAAAACAUUGCUCUGUGGUUCGAACACUGUUUGACUGCCCAGCUAACAAACCAAGGUCCUAUAGCAUGCAGCAGAUCUGUUCGUGGUUUAUGCAGACCACAGAGACACAGUCUCUGGCUAUUGUCAAGAAGGCAAGCUCCCGUCCUUAUGAACCUCGGCACUUCCCUCGCUCUGCCAGCAAAAAAAGUACUUGCUACAGUCCUCAGGCAGAGCGACUCCGUAAACACAUCAAGAAGUUUGCCAAAACUGUGCCAAAAAGUCCUUUGCAACAUCAGCAGGCUCAAAGACGGUUGAGGAAUAGGAAUAAAGCAACACGUAGUAUCAGACGACAACUUUUCAAACCCAACUUUCCAGUGGGCAAGCUCAAUCAAGGAGUCCAGUGCUGGAGAACAAGAGAAUCUUUUAAAUACCAAGUUGCUCUGUUUAGAGCAAGGACAAGGUUUCUAACCAGGAAAGAAAGGGAGAGGUGGCGAAAGAGGCAGAGAAAUAAGCAAAACAUAAAUGUAGCAAGAAGUUGCUCCAAUGGACGUGUAGUAACUGGACUACAACCAAAACGGAAAGCAUUAUGCAGAUCAACAAAAGAUCUAUUUUCUGACUGCUGGUGGAGAUGGAGGUGGAUGGAGAACAGAUCUGCGAGCAGGUCUGCUGACCAGACUCAGGAGCCUGUGGAUGUACGCAAAGAGCGGGACCUCUGCUCUAAAGCCUGGAGUCCUGAGUCCCUGAAGGAAUGCCGGGUGUUGUUGAGGAAGAUCAACUCUCCAGACAACGAAUCAGCUGAGGAGGAGUCUGACUCCUGUACUGUGACACUGGAUGACGGGUUGCCUUCCACAUGCCUCUUUGCAGGAAGGGAGCGGGAACUGGUAGGAGUUGUUAAAGCUGUGAAAACUGAAAGGAAAAGGAGCAUGAGUAGGAGGACUGCCUCUAGAGAGCUGGCAGGUUCUGCACCUAGAUCAGUCCAGGAGCAGAGUGAAAUGCCAGUGGGGAGGCAGAAAGGCAAAUACAAAAGUCCCGGGGUUGUGUCUACUGAACCAUCACAACCACCACCAGCGAAAAAGUUGAGACAAUCGCGAAUGAGGGGCCUAACCGGGCUAAAAUGGCGUGAUUAUGUAUUUGAAAACUAAAUGAAGCAUUGGGCCUCCUCUUCCUGGGAAAGGGACUGUGGUUUAACGUGGUGCCUUUGGACAUUGAGCUGACCACGUGGACUGACCAUCCCACUAUGGUUCAGUCUUACACUCAGCAAUUAUGUAGCAGUCUAACUUAAAAGCUUGAUGUUGCACUAUUUUUAUCCAUGGAUAUGUAUGUACAGUUUUGUUUUGUUUUUUUGUUUUUGGUCAACUUGCCUUUGUCUUUCUGAACGUGUAUGGUAGAACAAAUCAUUACAUCAAAGAAGAGUUUAAUGGGAUAAGCGCUUAUACAGUGAGCCCUGUCUGAAUAGCCCUAUUGGAAGGAAAGACAAAGCUUGAUUGCAUUAAGACAGUGCCGUCUCCCCCCACAACAUACCUCAUUAUCAAGGCCAGCACCUCUUCCAGAAUAUGACCUUUUACUGUAAAUCCUAUCCUGAAACAAGUAACAACUUUUAGUAUUUUAAUUUCAGCUCUGAACUCCCCUAACCUUAAUUUUAAUUUAUUGUGACUCCUACUUUGGCACUGUUUAAAUUCCAAAUUGCUAAUUUAAUAAUUUGCUUUGUAUUUCUAGAUGUGGUAAAAAGUAUGUUGAAAUUUCAUUUUAAAUUUUCUACCAAGCCGAGCUAUGUUUGCAAUAUUUGUCAAUGCUGCAGUCAGUGUUGUUGUAUUGCAAGCAAGUAGCCAAAAACAUGCUCUUAAUGAAGGAACAUUUUAGAUCAUCUAAGCCCUCCCUCCUUUUUUUUUUUACUUUAAUCACUGAUUGUGUAUGGGCCCCAAACUAUAAAAUUGUGAACUACAGUAAUUAGCCAUUAGGAUGCACUAAAACCAAACAUCUAUGUCAUUAUUUCUUUUUGAGUAUUUAAACCCAGUCUCCACACCAAACUGCAAUUACCAAACACACAAGUGUGUUCAAAAUGGCUACAUAUUCAGCCCCACAAAAUACAAGGGUGUGUCUGUGAAGUGAUGAAGAAAAAUGGCAUUAUGCAGUCGUAGAACGUAGAUUCUGAUAAAUAUGUUGGUUUGUGGGAUGUGUCGUUUUAAUUCAGUUACCUUUAUGUGAGUGUCUUGUUUUCAUCCAAAGCGUAUACUGUAUGUCAGUGUCAGAUCUACUUCUUGCACUAUUCCAUUUGAGAUUAUUAAUCCCACUACACAGAUCCCUCCUCCCAUAUUUUUGCACAUCCCAUGUCCCACUACCAACCCCUACUGUAAAACUAGAGAAUCUGCUUGGUGCAAUACAAACCCAGAUGAUUUAUCAGUAUGUAGUAAUUAUUUUAUUGCUGACAGACGAAUGGAUGUACACAAGUACCAAUGGCCUGGGAUGUUACUUCAGUCGUUUCCACAGCCAUGUAAUGUGAUCGUAAAGGAUAAUGCUAUACAAACUUUUUCCCACCUGCUUUGUUCUCCUCAAUGAAGCAGAAAAAUAACAAAUACCUAAUAGUUAUAAUUGCAUUAAAUUGUUUCUAUCAUAAACGUACUAGCAUUAUUCACCGUUUAAAUGCAGGUGGGAGAUCUGUUGCUGAUUCCCCGGAGUUCUGCUUUUUCUCGAGUUGCAAGAGACGCCUACCUCCACUGGGUCUCAGCGAGGCCUGCGGCUCUUUUGCUUAUCAGCCGUGUAAUAGACAAGGCCAGAGAGUUGAUCGAUAAACACUAAUCUUGGAUCAAUAUCACGUUUGCCCGCCUUCGGUUUAGAGGGCGGGUAGAUCCAAGAUGUCUGGCUGUAGGUCAAAAUUUAACCCUGUAGUGUGUAUUGUGCCUGACUACCCUUGUAUGUACGUCACUAUGGUUGCCAUUUCAACACGAGGGAGGUGGGGAGGCUCAGUCUUGUGAUAAACGACCCUUUGUUUGUUGAAGAACCUGGUGCUAAACAUCUGUUGUAUAUUUUCUUUAUCGUGUUUUUAUACUGUCCAUUACAGAUGCAACAAACAGGUGUCUGUGACUGGAACAAUAAAAAGAGUCUUUUGAAAUAA